GCGUUCGCACACCUUUUACCAAAACACUCACAGUAUCCCUAUCUCACAAAAGAUAUUUCUGCAAAUUUAUAUUCAUGCAAUUAUUGAAAUUUCACACGAUAAUUUGAUUGUUGCGAUUGCGGAGCAGUCGCUCUCGGAAUAUCGCGAGACUGACUUUAUUCACACUGUGUAAUCUGAAAAAUCCAAGUAAUUUUCGAUUGAGUUUCGCGUGGAAGUCAUAAACGUAAGCAAUUUUUAUUCAGUUAACUGCAUGAAAGCGAUAAAAAAAUGACACGCGUGCGCGCCAUGGCUGCACAAGAGGAAUAAGAAGGCAGUAAAGAUCUCAAUUACAAGCACUCAAUAAAGCUGUUGAAUUGUGAUAGAAAAAAAUUUAGUUUCAGCACAUGAAUCCAUUGUCGCGUGCUACAAUAGUGCAUAAAAAUAUGCUAAAAGUGCGCGAAUGAAGAAGUAUGGAAAAACGCGUUAAGAGAUUAUCGGAUUAAGCUAACGUAUUGCAAGUAAAUAUAACAACUACGUCUGAUUAUCUUUCCAAUUGUCAAAAGAAUCCUGCCUGAAUGCUGCGUUCGAAGAUUUUCAAUGCAAAGAAAGAAGACGAGAUAAAUAUGCAACAAGUCACGUCAAUCAUUCAAAAAGCCUCAAAACACAUGCAGCACUCGGAAGAUCGGCAAAAAUCUGCAUUCGAUUAAGGAACUCUUUGAGAAUCGACAUCGAUCGAACUGUUUGAGAAGACUGACGGAAGAACUAAUAGCGAAGGAUGGAAUCGCUGAUGAUUAUCACGCUGAUUGCCGCGGCGCUGGCGAUUCCAUCGAAGUGCGACGAGUAUAAAGCGGACGAGCCGGACGGAAAUUGUACGAACCCAAACAACAAGCCAUGCGUCUCCGACGAAGACUACCUGGACAUGAUGUACGACUAUAUCGUGCCGGAAAGCUACGAGUGGCUGCUUAUAGGCAUGCACAUUUUCGUCUUUGUGAUCGGCCUCGUUGGCAACGCUCUCGUCUGCCUCGCCGUCUACCGUAAUCACUCGAUGCGCACGGUCACUAACUACUUUAUUGUUAACUUGGCCCUCGCCGACCUUCUCGUCAUCAUCGUUUGCCUGCCGCCCACUAUCCUUUGGGAUAUCACCGAAACAUGGUUCCUGGGCGUGAUACCCUGCAAAAUUGUUCUUUACUUGCAGACUGUUUCAGUGACCGUAAGCGUGCUGACAUUGACUUUCAUAUCAAUAGACAGGUGGUACGCAAUUUGUUACCCGCUGAGAUUUAAAUCGACAACUGGUCGUGCAAAAACCGCCAUCUUCAUCAUUUGGGCUGUAGCCCUUACUUUUGACAUUCCAGAUUUGAUAGUGAUGACAACGAGAAGAGAUACGGCAGCGUAUUAUGCUUCGGUGACAGUAUUGUUUACCCAGUGCUCGCCGUCAUGGAGCAUACAUAGUCAGAGGACCUUCACAAUCCUGAAAUUUAUAUUGUUAUACACGGCGCCGCUUACGUUCAUGAGCUUUGCGUAUUGCCAAAUAAUUCGAGUGCUCUGGAGAAACGAUAUCCCUGGACAUCACAAUCUGUCAACAAGGAUUAUCAACGCCAAUGAUUUGAGCUCGCAGACGAGCGUUGGUAAUCCCGAAGGGCAACUGAAAUCCCGUAGGAAAGCUGCUAAGAUGCUGGUCGCUGUGGUUCUCAUGUUCGCUAUUUGCUGCUUCCCAGUACAUUUCUUCUUAAUCCUCAGGGAAAACAUGAAUAUAAAAGUAACCAAGUUCAACACCGCAAUGAGUUGUCUUAUCCACUGGCUUCUUUACGCCAACAGUGCUAUCAAUCCGCUAAUUUACAAUUUCAUGAGCGGCAAGUUCCGCACGGAGUUCAAGCGCACGUUUUGCUGGCCGAGCAACGGCUCGUUGAACAACAGCCGCGGCGGCGACAUGGCUUAUCGGAUGGCAGGUAUGUCGCAGAGCUACGCCUACUACCUCAAGUAUCGUAGAUCAGUGCAUCAGCAGACCAAGCUCAAUAACAAUAACAAUGUUGGUCACAGCACGAAGUGCGUCCCACUCGGCGGCGCCGUCUGCGCGAGCUCUCACCAGCCGACUUAUCAUUACUCGGAGCACCGAUAAGCCGUUCUGAACCGACCAGCACACUCAGCGAACUGCUCUUUCCUGAUAUGCACAAUCGGGAUUACGCGGCCAGCACUCUAUUUGCAGCCGCCAGGUCAUCUAUAAGAUUGCAUAACAGCAUGAAGAUCCAUUCCUUAAAUUAUUUGAAAAUCAACAAUGAGGACGCUCGGCACUGAAGAUACGUACAUCGCUGAAAAACUAAAAUUAAUAUUACACUAAACCGAAUUCCUAAUGAAUGUAAUUUAUAGUAAUGACAAGAAAAUAUCCAUGUUUGUUAUGUUAUACGAUAAAGACUGACUUCAGAUAACUAUAAUUUUAUUUUCUAUUUUUUUAUUUCAACAUUUGAACAAAUAAGUGUAUACCUUUUAUACUUCUUAUUAAUGUAAGUUAUAAAGAUAAGACAUAUUGAUGUGUAUGCUAAUUAAUUAAAGUACGUAAUUAUUUUGAGACAAAUCGUAUAAUUGAUUAGCUGAAAUAAUAAGAUACUAUUGUUUAAUAUAUAUGUGUAGAUAGAUAC